AUGAGUACAAUUGCAAUCUCAAACAAAUCAUCUAAUGCUGCUACUUCCACCUGUUUAUCAUCUAGAGAUAAUGAAGCAAUCACAUUAUUUGAAAAAGGAGUAGAAAAAGAAGCUUCCGGGAUGAUGUCCGAUGCAGUUGAAUAUUAUAGAAAAGCAUUCAAGAUCAAUGAUCGAGUAGAUACAUUGUAUAGAUCUCAAAGAUUACCUCAAGCAAUUCAUAAAUUAAAAUCAGAAAGAGGUAAAAAUACCAUCAAAAGAAUUGAUGAAGAAAAACUUAAAUUAAUAAAUGUUGAUAAAUUAAUAGAAAGUUUUAGGAAUAUAGAUGCAAAUGCUCCCGAUCCUACCAAUACUUCUGAUGAAACAACUGAUUAUUUAACUAUUAAGUUUGCCAAUAUUGGAUUAGAUAAUCAUGAAGAAAUCAUAAUUAAACCAGUUUCCCCCUUAGUUCACCUCCCAAACGAUAUCUGGAUAAACAUUCUUGGGAUAUUAAUCCAAGAUUCCCCUGAAUCAUGGUUCUCAAUGUCAAUCACAUGUAAGAAAUUCGCCUAUCUUGGAUUUGGAACUUCUUCACUUUGGAGAAAAUUAUGUUACAACAUCUAUCCCAAUCAAAUCUAUCACGAAAACAAACAAUACCUAUCCAACCUCCCCCUUGGCCAAGACCACCACCUGGACCUCGACCUCCCAAUCCCCCAAGAUCAACUCAAAAUAAUCCCCCAAUACAAUUCCUCCUGGAAAUCCAUGCUCCAUAAUCGCCCCUUCAUAAAAUUCCUCGGCUGCUACAUCAGUGUUGUCAAUUAUUAUAGCGAAGGUGGCCGUCAUGAAUUCUCCAAUAGUUGGACCACCCCAUUCAGAAUGAUAACCUAUUAUAGAUAUAUCCGUUUCUACCCCGAUGGAACCUGUAUCAAAGUCCUAUCCAUCCUUCCUCCAGAUCAAGUCAUCCCUCAUCUCCUGAAACAUAACAUUCUGCAAGGGAUUCCUGACACCAUUUCCGAGUCGGGAAAACCUGUAUAUACUACCCCUCAACAGCAUCAAAAAGAGGGCCAGAAGAUAUAUUUGGGCAAUUGGACGAUUUCAACCACCGGCGAAGUGCAUAUUGUGAUUGAGAAUGGACUGGUAGAUUAUUGUGUGUUUCAUUAUUAUUUCCAGGUGAAAUCUUUAGGGGGGAUAAAUAAACAUGCGAAAUUGUCUUGGAUUAGAUAUAAUACUGUUAGGAAAAAGAUGAGUGAUGAUGAUGAUCGAGAGGGGGAGAUUUGUUUGUUGUCGUUGAGGAAUGAGAAACCUUUUAAGUUCCUGAGAGUGAGGAGUUAUAGUUUGGAUAAUUAG